AUGGCAUCAUCAUCGACUGGAAAACAGGCCACGUCAGCGUGCACUGAAAGUUCUCGACGUACUCACGUGAGACUGGUGGUCAACGACGCCUGCCUGGGGAUCGUGCGGGAUGGCAAGUUUGUCCAGUGGAUGGAGUUUCUCGAUGGUCGUGUCAAGACGAUGCAGGCCGCCGGGGUGCUCCUACGGCGACGGCCCGGAUGGCGUCAUGAAGCCUGGCCGGCUUUCGUUCCCGGCAAGGAAUCGUGCCGCGCCAUUGUCACAGUGUCA